AUUAGUAGCACUUCUACUUCCGUCGAGUCAAGACGCGCGCGAAUCGUCGUCAGUUUCGAAGUGGCCUUUUUCGGUUUAAAACAAAAUAACUAUAACCUAAAUUGUCUCCGUUUCCGUUUCCGACGUUCUUUGAUUGAAACUACCGUAGGUUAGCGUGUGUCGGCUGUGUAGGAGGAUUGGCAUUAGUGGGUGUGAUAAGGCCCCCGCACCAGGUUUGACAGAAAUAGUACGUGAUUGUUUUUAGGUCAACGAUAAGUGAUAUACAUUUCGUCUGGAUUUCAGCAGUGCAAAAUAGUGAAAUAUUGCCGAUUAGUUGCCCCUUAUCAAUGGUAUCCGAACGGAACGUAUUGUGAGUCACGUAACGUUACAUAACGUCAUCGGCAAGUGAGCGGAGUUUGUAGCGCCAGAUCCAUACCGAGCUACCUCCAGUAUUCGCGGUAUUGAAUUGAUUCAUUCAUUGGAUAAACUCGAAACCUACGCAGUUGGCCAGUAGUACAGAUCUCGUACGAUCGUUGUAUGCAAGCGGGGAGAUCUGGCUGAGUUGUGAGUGGUCGUGGUACGGCAGGGAAGAAUCUAGCGGGAGAGGGUGGACCCAGUGCAGUGGUAGGUGGAUCGUGCUGGCAAGUAUAGCGAGAGUGAAACCAUUUGUGGCUGAUUUGUUUAUUUCCAAACACGACGCUGUGAUUGGUAACAGUAGCCGUCCCGGUAGCAGCAGCUUGAAGCAAACAGAAUCUCCAAUUGAGUUGCAGCAGAUAGCAGGCCAACUGAGAAGCGCCAGGCAGGAUGACGAUAUUUAGCUUUUAUGGAAUGAGGACGAAGGUCCCGAAGCAAAAGGACAAAAUGACAACAGGAGGCCAGCUGCAGAGUUCGGAGGAUACCACCACGCAUCAUCACCAUCACCAACAUCAGCAGCAGAUUCCGAACAUUGCUGGAACGAUCACCGAUGCCGGUGAGAAGCAGCAAUAUCUUCCUAACCACCCAACUCUUCAUCAUCAUCAUCAUCACCUACAUCAUCAGCACGCGCAUCUACCUCAACUUCACCCGUUUUCCUCUUCGGUGACCAGUGGCAGCACCGGACUGCUAGCAGGAAAUGGCGGUGGCUCGGCGCCUUCGACUCUGACCAGCGGAACUAAAUUACCUGCAAAAAUCUCACCUCUAGGACCGUCCCCCUUCCGACAGCUGCUUCCGGUGGCACUAAGUAUCAUCUCGUUCGCCACCGUGCUCAGCAUACUGGUCAUCUACAUGGACACGACAGAAAUUCGACAUCAACAGUUUCGACUGAACAUGUCCCGCGACUACGACCUGAUGGGCGUCCCCCAGGACAACCCGGCGCUGGUGAAAUACGUUCGAGACAUCCACAUGAAAAAGUACCCGAUGACCUUCAUGCGAAAUGCUAACGCUCCGGUGGAACAUUUGAACUUUACCAACCGGCACGAGCUGACCCCAGAGAUGGCACGUUUCGUCUCCGAUCUGCUGGGGAAGAAAAAAUUCGGAACGUUCUUCCAGUCGCUAACCGGCAUCAGCGAUUCGAUGAUGACCGCACCGUGGCUGGCGGAAACGAUGAACUGGGGCGGAUAUCUGGUCGAACCUGAUCCACGAAAAUAUUUCUCCCUCCGCAAACAGAAUGCCUUCCGGUCCAAUGUUCAGGUUAUUCACGCCUGUCUGUCGCCCAACACCUACCCCAAAGAGGUCACGCUUCAUCACGACGACGACAGCGAAGUACGAAUCAACAGCGUGCUGGAUGAGGAGACAGAAUGGUUCCACCCACGCGUCAAAUGUUUUCCGGUGUACACGCUAAUGUUGGCUGUCAACAGGACUUCGAUCGAUUUACUUAGCCUUGGCUGCCAGGGACAGGAACUACAGAUCCUUCAAACGAUUCCGUUCGAUCGCGUGCAUGUCAAGGUGAUCUCGAUCCAUCUGGUGCACUACUAUGAAGAGGAAGAGCUGAUCAUCGAUGUAGACGAGUACGUGCAGAACAUUACCCGUUUUCUACUGAGCAAGUCGUACAAAAUGGUCCGUAGCUUUGAUCGUAACUUCAUUUAUCAGUACGUGCAUGCAAAUGGCGGUCAUGGCGGUAGUAUCAGUCGUGUCAACAGUGUAGUAGGCGUACCCGAUGGGUCAACUGGCGAGGGGAGCGGAAGCAGCAGCACUAGUAACGUGAAACCUACUAUCAACAAGAUUAGCACCAGCGAGAAAGGCGAGCUAAUGCGUAAGGUAAUCGGUACUACCUUAUCACCAUUGCCGAUAAGUAGUGCACCGACUGUGAAGGCUGCCACCGAAUCUAACCGACCGACCUCUGCCAGUACGGAACGAGGGUUGGAUGAAGCAGAUUCGCAAAUGUACGGCACUAGUUCAACAAGCUUACCACCAAUGGUCACUUCCCUGUGAACUGAACAGAAACGAAUAACGUCCAGCAACAUUUUUUUUCCUGACAUCGAUUCGAAAUAGUGUGAAUUUUAUAACGAAACUAAAGCUACCAACUCAUCAUUCCAGAACAGUUAUUGCUCUCUAUUCAGCUUGUGGGUAGUAGAUCCAUCCACACGAAAAAGUACCCUGUAGAUACCAGCAUUAGGAUUUAAGCAACGAAUGAAACAGAUAGCCCCUGAUGGGAUCCGUUAUCCUUAUUUUGAGUCUGAACUGAAACUCGAUCAAUUUUUAACGUAUUAUGUCGUUUUAUCAACGCUCUCUGCAUGAAUUAUGAGAUGUUAGGCAAAGGGGAGGUAAGAAGACAAAUUGAACAAUAGAGAGAAACGAAAUAGUUUCAUAUUUAUUUAUAAAAAUAGCAUUUAAAGAAAUCGUCAAUUGAUUAUAAUCGAAUAA